CCCGGUCCUCGCUCCCCGGGUGCCGGGAGCUCCCGCCGUUGCGCCGCUGCUGAGGCUGGUGCUGGGGCAGACCCGCGGCCGCAGACGGCAUGACGAGCGAGGUGAUAGAAGACGAGAAGCAAUUCUACUCCAAGGCCAAGACGUACUGGAAGGAGGUCCCGCCCACGGUGGACGGCAUGCUCGGGGGGUACGGCCACAUCUCCGGCAUCGACAUCAGCAGCUCCCGGAAGUUCCUGCAGAGGUUUUUGAGGGAUGGCCCCAACAAGACGGGCACUUCCUGUGCCCUGGACUGUGGCGCCGGCAUCGGGAGGAUCACCAAGCGGCUGCUCCUGCCCCUCUUCGGCGUGGUGGACAUGGUGGACGUGACUGAGGACUUUCUGGUCAAAGCCAGGACCUACCUGGGCGAGGAGGGCAAGAGGGUGAGGAACUACUUCUGCUGCGGCCUCCAGGACUUCAGCCCGGAGCCCAGCUCCUACGACGUCAUCUGGAUCCAGUGGGUGAUAGGCCACCUGACCGAUCAGCACCUGGCCGAGUUCCUGCGGCGCUGCAAGCUGGGCCUGCGCCCCAAUGGCAUCAUAGUUAUCAAGGACAACAUGGCCCAGGAGGGCGUGAUCCUGGACGACGUGGACAGCAGCGUGUGCCGGGACCUCGAGGUGGUCCACAGGAUCAUCCACAACGCUGGCCUCAGCCUCCUCGCCCAGGAGCGGCAAGAGAACCUCCCUGAGGAAAUCUACCACGUCUACAGCUUGGCCCUGAGAUGAGGGGCUGCCAGGAGAGACCAGGAACCUGCGCGGGGUGGGGUCAGCAGUGAGAUCCUGAGCCCCCACACCAGGGGUGCGGGGGUGGCAAGGUCACCGAGUAGACCGGUCUGCCGCCCGCUCUGCAGACACUUCAGGGGGCAUCAGGGGACUGGGCGGGCAGGCCGCCGAGGGCUCUGGGGCCCCAUGUUCUGGGGGACUCUUAAGUGGUGAUUCCCACCAGCAGCAGAUUCCUGGCCUCCCAGCCACAGGCCCCGCUGCCUUAAGGGGGACAGAACCCCGAACUUGCUUGUAGAGGACUGUACCUGCAGGGAGGAGCUGGGCAGAGGCCGGGGCUGCUGCCGCCUGCCGUGUAGAGCAGCUGCUGGGGAAGCUCUGUCCCGAGCUCCAUCUUGUGAUGGGGCCCUGGUGCCCUUAACGAGCUCGCAGCGGCAGCCUCGCGUGGGGAGAGGUCUAAAGCCUAGCUGUGGGCUGUGCCUUUUGGCUCCUCCUUGGGGGGCAUUUCCAGGCAGAAAUAAAAGGGGUGACUCCUGUACUGUAAAGGCCUUGCCAGUCCUGGACGGUGCUUUUCUUUACUGAGCCCAGAGUCUUGCUACUUGCCAACUUGUUUCCCCCAGAGGCCGCAUCUCCUUGUGCCCACCAUGAGGCGCCUUCACCCAGAACUGGGGAGGGGACGGGGAGAUGACGCACAAGGACUGAGAGGAAACUCAGUUUAAUUCUGUAAUAUAAAUAUCUCAUCAGGCCACUCCAGCUGAUCCUCGGGGACAUCCACACAUUCAUGUGACCAGCGUCACUCGGGGCUGUGAGGGCUCACAGGGGGCCGCUUUCUCCAUCGGUGCCUCACACGACCAGACUCUUGGAAAAGCCUGUCCCGUCAUGCACUCAUGAUUGAUUCCCUAGAGGGCGUGUGCCCGA